GGGAAAGCGCGCAGCAUGCUCACGGCCGCCGGCAGCCUCCUGCGCCUCGGCCUGGGGCGCUUCGUCCGCGGCCCGUCGGGGGCUCCUCUAGGAGCCGCGCCGCGGUCCUCACCGCCUCUCCCGCCCUGGGGUCUCCUCCGCUACUCCAGCGGCGGGGCCACCAACGGCUCUGCGCCCUCAGAUCAAGGGAAGGUUCACAGGGUACCCACCCAGCACAGGCCUUCGCAAUUCGACAAGAAAAUCCUGCUGUGGACCGGACGUUUCAAAUCGAUGGACGAGAUCCCGCCUUGGGUCCCGCCAGAAAUGAUAGAUGCUGCAAGAAACAAGGCUCGAGUGAAAGUUUGUUACAUAAUGAUUGGACUCACAAUUAUUGCCUGCUUUGCAGUGAUAGCAUCAGCCAAAAGGGCCGUAGAACGACAUGAAUCCUUAACAAGCUGGAACUUGGCAAAGAAAGCUAAGUUGCGUGAAGAAGCUGCAUUGGCUGCACAGGCUAAGGCUAAAUGAUAUUCUAAGUGACAAAGUGUUCACCUGAAUACCAUCACUAUUAUCAGCAACAAUAAAAGAUGGGUAAAAUAGAA